UUUCCCUUUUUUUUUUUUCAUAAAAUCUUCUUUGGCUUGAUCUCGUAUUCUUCUCGGCGAGAUCUAUAAAGUCGGCUGUCUCCCGCUGAUGCUAUUGACGUUAUUGCGUUCACCAGCAAUACUCACUCUUCCACGACCAGCUCUUCGUGCGGGGUUCUUUGCCGCUUCUAGAGUUCGAACGUCCUUCUCCGCAGGAUCAUCACGAAAAAUGGCGACCGGCAACUCGGCUAAAAUCACCGACUGGGUCAACCCCAACGACACGUCUGGCGAGUUCAAACGUCAGCAGUCUGUUUUCCGCAGCUUCAUCUCCCGCGAGCCUGGCGCAGAGUUCCCGCCUGAGAAAGGCCGCUACCAUCUCUAUGUCUCUUACGCCUGUCCUUGGGCUCAUCGCACUCUGAUCACCCGUAAACUUAAGGGUUUGGAGGAUAUAAUCAGUUUCUCGUCCGUGCACUGGCACCUUGGAGAGAAGGGAUGGCGCUUCGCCACUUCCGACGAGAACCUACCGGGCGAGAACACCAUUCCCGACCCGCUGCACAAGGACUUUGCCCACCUGCGUGAUAUCUACUUCUCCAACAACCCUGACUACACUGGUCGCUUCACCGUCCCUGUCCUCUUCGACAAGAAGACCGGCCGGAUCGUCAGCAACGAGAGCGCGGAAAUCAUUCGCAUGUUCUACUACGAAUUCGACGACAUCCUACCGGAGGAAUACAAGAAAAUCGACUUGUACCCCUCGGCCCUCCGCUCCGAAAUCGACACCUCCAACGAAUGGAUCUACAACGACGUCAACAACGGCGUCUACAAGUCCGGUUUCGCAACCACCCAAGAAGCCUACGAGAAAGCCGUAGCAACCCUCUUCUCCUCUCUGGACAAGAUCGAAGCACACCUCGCCAAGCAGGCUUCUGUCUCGCCCUACUUCUUCGGCGAAACCGUCACCGAGGCUGAUAUCCGGCUGUUCACGACGAUCAUCCGGUUUGACCCGGUGUACGUGCAGCACUUCAAGUGCAAUAUCCGUGAUAUUCGGUCUGGGUUCCCGGCUAUUCACCGCUGGGUGCGUGGGCUGUACUGGGAUUUGCCUGCGUUCAAGGAUACGACGGACUUUGAGCAUAUUAAGAAGCACUAUACCAAGUCUCAUAAGCAGAUCAAUCAGUUUGCGAUUACCCCCGUGGGACCGCUGCCGAAUGUUCUGCCCAAGGAUGAGGAGGUGAAGGCCGUACAGGCUGCGAAGUGAGAAGGUGGGCGACUAAAUAAUAUAAAGUCCAAUCUCUGGAUAGGAGUUUUCAAUGCAAGCAUUUGAUCUCUGGUAUUGCACAUUUAUUGAAUAUGGAGACUAUGUGAAAUGCAAAUUAAAUUGAAUAUACCGUCAUAUAGCCUCUAUCCAACAUCUCUAACACCCUCAAGACUGUAUCUAGUCGGCAGGAUGUCCAGGAAAGAAAUGUAGUAUUUCACAAUAUUCACAGGAAAAAGAAAAGAAAUAAACGAAGAAAAGACCCAGUGAUAAUGCAUGGAAAUAUUCACAUGCCUCGACGCCUUGCCAUGCUUAUGUUUGAACGUAUUGUGUGGGAGUGUGGUGAACUCCCCAGUUUGGCUCUGUAGCAAAGCACCUGUCAAGUGGAAGAUGUCUCACAAAUGAGAAAAAUGCAACGCAAACGAGGUGAAGCCAGAACUGGAUGCAAGUGAUGUGGCCGUGAUUUGUGCCACAUAUUUGAGCUGAGGAUAAAGUAUAACCAAUUUGGAACAGAAACAAGCUGUACCAUUAUUUAGUGACCUAUUUUGCGGGUAUCUUGGGCUGGAAAUGGCUCUAAAAGGGACAAUGAAAAUCGAAAAGGUUUAACAGGUCACGGGCGGCGGGAGGUGGAAGAAAAGAGAUGAAGGUGAAGGCGAAGGUAGCUUUCGCGGGUUGGUACAAGGGUCUCACGUUUAUUUCAAGCCGAGCAUCCGCUUCGAGUUCUCGUAGACCACGUAGCUGAUGGACACGGCCGGUGCCACCUUAAGAAGGUUGGGGGUGAGACCCUUAUAGAACCCGCGCGGUCCUUCGGUCUGGAGAGUUUUGCGGGCGACGUCGGUGAUGCUGGAGUAGGUUGUUGGGUGGAGGACGGUGCCCUGAGCUUGAAGCCUAGUCCGCAUCACGUUGAGAGGGUAGACGACCGAGGCACUAAAACCGCCGCUGAUAGCACCAAUAGUUCCGGUCCAGAAGUUGUUCAGAGUCACGUCAUCCUCGUGACAAUGAUCGAUGCAAGCUUGGCGAGAGACGAGGGCUCGUUUUAGGUAUUCGAAAGUGGUCAGGUCAAUCGCCGCGUAUGGAAACAUUCCAAUGAGGCCAAGUGGCAGGCCACGGAAGAAACCAAAGAUCCCAUUGGCGUUUACCACUUUCUUGGCCGUGGCUAUGAUGAGCUUGUUUCCUCUCAAGCCGCCUUCGACAGUUGAGCACUGCAUCCGGCUGGAUUAAUUGUCAGUAAUUGGGUAAUUAAG